UUUUAUUCAGCCCCUGAAAUUUAUUUUAUGGUAGUAUUUAGGAAUAAUAAAAUGAAAAAAAUAUUUGAUAAAUCAAUUCUGGUAAAUCAUGUUAAUACCAUUAUUGUUAAGUAGAUGAGGCUCCGAUAGCCCGGCAAAAAAUUUGACAGACCCCAGACAAAAGCAACGGCUCCAACGGCAAAUUCAAAUCACAAAAUAUUUAUUAAUUUAAUAGUUAAGUUUUAAGUCCAGUUCCCCUGUUAUAAAAUGACCAGUUCUGUGCAGAGGGCAAAAAACGCAAUCACUUUGAAGGGUUCAGCCGAAAUCGUCGCCGAUUAUCUCAAGUAUGGAAUCAACUCAAUUUUAUACCAAAGGGGCCUGUACCCACCCGAAACGUUCCGUUCGCAGGAGAACUACGGCCUCACCAUCCUCAUGUCAACCGACGAAAAGAUAAAAAACUUUUUAGAAGUAACCCUCACACAACUAAAAGAUUGGCUGGUGGAGCGCAUCGUCAACAAGGUAGCCUUAAUAAUCACCAACGUGCACACGCUCGAAGUGUUGGAGCGCUGGGACUUCCAGGUGGAAUACGAGGGCGACGUGUCCCAGGGCCACGCGCAGACCUCGCAGAAGGAACUGAAGCAGAUCCAAAAGGAAAUACGCGACGUCAUGAAGCAAAUCACGUCGUCGGUUUCGUAUCUGCCACUUUUGGACUGUUUGUGCAGCUUCGACAUACAGAUCUAUACAAAAAGUGAUGUAAAGAUGCCGAGUGAAUGGGCGGACGCUCAGCCAGCUCAUAUCAAAAAUGCUCAAUGUGUCAAAAUGAAGUCUUUUUCAACUGAUAUUCACAAAUUGGAAACUAUCGUUACUUAUAAGAAUGAAGACUGAUAUAUGUAUGUAGUAUUACCUUUUAAUGAAUUGUUUUAUUAUUAUAUUUCUUUACAGAAUAAAACACAAUUUUUAUAUA